AUGGCGGCCGUGGAAGUGGCAACGGAGCCGGUGAGUGCGGCGGCGGCGGCGGAGCCAAAGGCGAAAGACGAAGAAGAGGAGGAAGAGGAGUCGCUGCCGCCAUGCGAGGCGGUGCGCUGGGCCCCGGUGGGGGCGGUGGCCGAGGCCGGGCCGGGUGCGGCUGUGUUUUCGGAGGAAGCCGCGGGCGAGGAGCCUGGCGCGGCCCCGGGCUCCCCUCCGGACUCGGCGCUGCGGACCCUGCGGCAGCUGCAGGCCGAGCGGCGGCGGCUGGACUCGGCGCUGCUCGCGCUGUCCUCGCACUUCGCGCAGGUGCAGUUCCGGCUGCGCCAGGUGGUGCGCGGGGCGCCGGCCGAGCAGCAGCGCCUCCUGCGCGAGCUGGAGGACUUCGCCUUCCGCGGCUGCCCGCACGUUCUGGGUUACGAGGGGCCGGGGGACCCGUCCGGCGACCAAGGCGACGGGCUGCUCGGGGACCGGCCCCGGUUGCGAGGUGAGGACCAGGGCUUGAGUGAGCAGGAAAAACGGGAGCGUCUGGAAACCCAGAGGGAAAGGCAGAAAGAGCUAAUCCUGCAGCUCAAGACCCAGCUGGAUGACCUGGAAACGUUUGCCUAUCAGGAGGGCAGUUAUGACUCCCUGCCACAGUCUGUAGUCUUGGAAAGACAGCGGGUCAUCAUAGAUGAGUUAAUAAAGAAGCUGGACAUGAAUCUGAACGAGGACAUUAGUUCCUUAUCCACUGAAGAGCUUCGUCAGCGAGUCGAUGCAGCAGUAGCUCAGAUUGUCAACCCAGCCCGAGUGAAAGAACAGUUGGUUGAGCAGCUCAAAACGCAGAUCCGAGAUCUAGAGAUGUUCAUCAGCUUCAUCCAAGGUCAGGAGAGAAAGGCGCCAGAGGAGGGAAACUGCAACAAAGCACACGGCGGAACUGGGUUCUGCUCUUCCGCCCGCAACACGGACCGACUUCCGCGAGGCAUGAGUGCGGGGCGGGACCGGAAGUGA